UAUCAACUUGACAGAUCCUAUGUUCAGAGGAAUUUAUAGGGGGGUUCAAAAGCAUCAAGAUGACUUACAAGACGUAAUAGAGAGAGCUGUUCAGAUUGGUGUUAAAAAGUUUAUGAUUACAGGUGGAAAUCUACAAGACAGUAAAGAUGCACUGCAUUUGGCACAAACAAAUGGUAUCCUCAUAUUACUUUUACCUCCCACAAUGUGAAUUAAGUUAUUUUGAAGAAGUCUUUCUGAGAACUGCCUCAGAUAUGUUUUUCAGCACUGUUGGGUGUCAUCCUACAAGAUGUGAUGAAUUCGAGGAGAAUGGCCCUGACCAUUACCUGACGGAGUUGCUGAAUCUUGCUGAAAGCAACAAGGGGAAAGUUGUAGCAGUAGGGGAAUGUGGACUUGAUUUUGACCAACUACAGUUUUGUUCCAAAGAUACUCAGCUCAAGUAUUUUGAAAAACAGUUUGAACUGUCAGAACAAACGAAAUUACCCAUGUUUCUUCAUUGUCGGAACUCACAUGCUGAAUUUUUGGACAUAAUGAGAAGAAAUAGAGAUCGGUGUGUAGGUGGAGUGGUGCAUUCAUUUGAUGGUACCAAGGAAGCAGCAGCUGCUUUGAUGGACUUGGGUCUCUAUAUAGGGUUUAAUGGUUGCUCACUGAAAACUGAAGCUAAUUUAGAAGUUCUAAAGUCAAUACCUAGUGAAAAAUUAAUGAUUGAGACUGAUGCACCUUGGUGUGGAGUCAAAAGUACACAUGCUGGAUCAAAAUAUAUAAAAACUUUAUUUCCUACCAAAAAAAAGUGGGAAAACGGGCACUGUUUGAAAGACAGAAAUGAACCCUGCCACAUAAUUCAAAUACUGGAGAUAAUGUCAGCAGUAAGAGAUGAAGAUCCACUGGAACUAGCCAAUACACUAUAUAACAACACUAUUAAAGUAUUUUUUCCUGAUACGUAAUUGAUAGGUAUCUCCUAUUUUCC